GACAUCACACUAGAUUAUUUCAACAAUAAAGGAAUGACGAUGACUCAUUCAAGCAAAUUAAUAAAGUAAUAGAUAUACAAACACGAUAUGCACAGUUUCAGUGAAAUCUGUAAGGGCCUAGCAAAAAUGAUUUUUUACUUCGACUCAAUAUGGACUUUUCUGAUGCUGAAAAUGGAAAGAAAUCAAGUCGUUUCACGUAAUAUUCUUAUACUCAAUAACCGUCGAAAUCUGUCGUAUACACAUAUCCAAUGCUCUUCGAUGCAUGACAUGUAUCGAUUUCUGUAUUGAUAUGUCUUACUCAUAUUCAUUAAAUGUAAAAAACAUUGAUCAUUUUCAUACUGAGUGUCCUUUUCUAAUAAGAAAAUAAAAGAAAAAAGUUUGUAUUGAUUUUUUUCUAUCAAACGAAAGAAAAAGAAGGUUGAUUUCUUUAUUAAGUAGAAAUUUCAAUUUGAUUUUAGAUGGAUGAUAUUCAAAUUAAUAAUGAUAAUGAUAAUGAUAAUGAUAUUCUAUUUGAAUUUCAAAGUUACGAAGAAUUUCGAAGAGAACGAUUGAAAUUAAAUAAUGAAAGUACAUUAAAAUUAUGGUAUUCAUUACCUUCGAAUCUGACAAAUAUUGAUAAUAAACUAUUCCGACGACAAGCGCUUCGACAACAGAGAAAACGAUUAAGAAAUUUCAAAUUUUUUGCAAUCUAUUCUUCAUUUUUGAAAAAAACAUUUCUCAAAAAUAAAAUUCGUUCAAAAGGUUUUCAACUUUGGAAUGAAGCAUUUAAUAUUCCACCAUUAAAAGAUGAAUCUCUUUAUGGAAUAUAUCAAUCACUCGGAGAUAUUACUAAUCAAUUUUUAAAUAAAGGUCAAGAAUAUGAUCCUAAAAUAAGGUAUGAAGAAUUAUUCAAAGCUGGUCGUACUGUUUGGUUUAUGAUCGCUUUUCAAAUCCAAAUGAAUUUACCAUUAAUUUUAACAGAUUCAAUAUUUGGUUAUAAUAUGCUUUAUCCAUAUACAGAUGAUUUUAUUGAUUCCAAUCAGGUACCAAGAGAAGCAAAAAAAGAAUUCACUAAAAUAUUUCAUAAAAGAUUACUUUUUGGUGAAUCAAUAUAUAAUCCAGAUGCACAUUUUCAUGGAAAACAAUCAGAUGUUAAUCAUUUAAAUUUAUCACCAUCAUUAGAAGCACAUGCCGAUAGAGUAGGAAAAAUCUUUGACAUGACCAAAUUUAUUGAAAAUGAUUGGAAACGUAAUGA